AUGAGCGAAACAAAAAAAGAUCAAGUUCCUUCUCCUAUGCCAGAGAAGCUUUAUUGGCUAAUAGACGGUUUUCGUCUGUCUAAAGCGCUAUUUGCAGCAUGUGAAUUGGGAGUCUUCGACAAACUGCGCACCGCAUCCGCACCACAAUCAGCCGACGAAAUAACAAAGGCAUUGUCCUCCGAUCUUGACGCCACUACACGUCUCAUGGACACCCUUGCGGCAAUGGAAUUGCUAGAAAAAUUCAAACAGGGUGACCAGUGGUUGUACAGUAAUUCUGAAAUGGCCACUAAAUUUCUCACCAAAGACAGCCCAGAUUCGUAUCUAGAUAUGAUCGCAUUUACAAACAAAACGCUGUAUCCUAUCUUUGGAAAUUUAGAAACCGCCGUUCGCGAGGGAACUACACAGUGGAAGAGGACGUUUGGAAUGUCUACAGAGGAAAGUUUUGUGAACCUUUAUAACACCGAAGAAGCCAAAUCACGAUUCCUGGGUGCCAUGCAUUGUCAUUCACUCUAUGGAAGUUAUGCUGCUGCUAAAGCCAUUGAUCUAAACGCGUACCGAGAAGCUGCUGUGAUCUAGGAGGUAAGUCAAAGGGAAAGUUCGUAUACAUCACACGCUAUUUUUAUAAGAAGUGUAAGACUGAAAUGGAAAAACCUUUGCCUGUCAGCACUGUGAAAACAAUACUGGCUGAAGUUUAUUCCACCUCAUCUGAACGAGCAGUAUAAAGAAACCACGAUAAAAUAGAACAAAACCGCGUUUGGUCUCACAGCGGCUAAACUAAAUUAAUAGUCGACUGAAUACAAUAACAUAGAGAAAUUUUGAGCCAAGAAAAAUGUCUUAACGAAUUUGCAUGAUAUUGUCAGACUUUCAUUCCAAAUGUAUCUUAUUCUUCUUUUCUUAAACGGCUGUCCCAUUUUAAUUACGCUCACAGCCCUGGCUGGGAUACUUAGGCUAAUUUUAGUAGAGAAAACUUAUAACACGAAACUCUAUAGUAAAAAACAUUGUUAUAAUCUCCGUUUAUUUUUUUAUUCAUUUAUUUAUCUCUUCAAAUUAGAGGACAAGCUUGCGCCCUAUGGAACUGUUCGCAUGCCCAGUUACGCAGGAAAACCAGUCGUAGGGGUUUGCAUCAAAUUAGUAGGCAAAAUUCAAGACUCCUGUUCAUAUUCCGCUAAGAAAUUGUGUAAAUAGAUGGAGAAACGCGUUAACUACCGUUUUUAACAUUCCCGAUGGGGAAAACACGGCUACCUUUUUGGAGGUUACGUGUCUGCCAAGAAUUUUUCGCUGGGUUUACACAAAAAUUCCAUCUAAGCAAGAAAAUUAGUUGUAAAUGUGGUAAACAGCAAACGGCCUAUGACUCUGUUUGCUGAAAUGGAAAUUUAAAAUUCCCUGCUAUUUCUCUCUGCUCUAGGGGCUGUGGGAACUCUAGCCUAUGCUUUCUGUCAGGUCUACCCUGAAAUGAAGAUAAUAGUUUGUGACUUGGAGCCAGCCUUGAUUUUAGCUCAUCACUUCCGACCAUCAGUGGAAGCUUGCCAAAAUCAAGCCAAUGUUUCCUUUGCGGUCGGCGAUUUCUUCAGACCUGAAACCAUACCAAAGGCUGAACAGUAUGUGCUGUCUCGCGUUCUCCACGACUGGUCAGAGGAUAAAGUUGACUUGAUUCUUUCAAAUGUCUACAGGUGCUUACCCUCAGGUAAUUUUAAUAGAAAGAAGGUUUUACCGUUCUUAAAGGGAUCCAGCACGCACGUACGGAAGUACGUGCAUGAAAUCAAAUCCAAGCAGAAAAUACUAGGUUCCGCACGUAACUUACAGUUCGGAUCAAGAAAACAAGGUUUAUUAUGUCUCUGGUUUAAUUACAAACUGAGAGGGCAUCAAGGAUUACAGUUCAAGCAGGAAAGCUGUAAAUGAUCGAUGUGAAUGAAAUCCUACACACGAGCGUCAAAAAUCGUGGCUUUGUGACGUCAAAACACUUAAUACACCCAUACUAAACUCCAAACUUACAAGAAAUGCCGUAAUAGCUUUACAAUGUUUUUUUCCUCAUGAAUUGUAACCAAAACGAAUUUUCAUUCUGAAUUCACGGUCUUAAGUCUUUAAGUGAAAUGAGCCCGCGAACUGACUGAUGAAGAAGUGCUUUGGUAACAAAGGGCGUUUUAAUCUAACACGUAGCCUACACGGUAACGGUUGACAGUGCAUAUAGAAAUGGCGUACAAGAUUAUUGUAUGAAAAAUCAUCUCUUUUGCUAGCCUAACUUCGACAAUGUUGGAGACGUUUUAACUCUCUCAGUAACUGAGGGACUAAAAACGACUCUAAGUAAUCGUCUGAAAUUCAGGUUACUCUGUUGCCAUAAAAAGGCAAACAACGCACCAUUUUUCAUAGCUCUUUUAUUUUUGUAGGUGGGGGACUCCUCAUUUGCGAACGGAUUUUAAACGAAGACAAACGUGGCCCAUUGCCUUCUCUCAUUUGCAGCCUUUUAAUGUUGGUGUCCACGGGUGGAAAAGAGAGAUCAGCUUCAGAAUACAAGCAUCUCCUGGAAAAGCAUGGGUUUGUAGAUGUUCAAGCGAAACGUGUUUAUCUUACUCAAGAUGCCAUUUUCUGCAGAAAGAUGUAA